GAAUGCCAUUAAUAGGCUAGUAUCAAUGGGAUUUCAGCACCAGGGUAAAUGUUUUUUUCUUUUAAACAUGUUUACAUUUGUGGCAUUAAUCAAUGUUAAAUUUUUUUUUCAUAUGUUCAGUUGCAGAAAAGAAUUGAAUUGAAUUUUCAACAUAUUUAGUCUAACCUUAAAGUUGAAAAAAAAAAGAAGAUACUUACCCUUGUAUUUGUAUCAAUUCAAAUGAAUUUCUUUAAAUGGUUAUAUUAUUCAGCACAAUUUUCAAUAUCAUUUCUUAUUUCAACAAACUUUUCUUUUUACCGGUCUCUCUUUCUUGCUCUCUCUCUCUCCUCCCCCCCCCCCCCCCCCUUUUUUUUUUUUUCCUCACAGACUGUAUUCUCUGUUGAUAACAUUAAUAGGUACUAACUUUAGCAUUGUCACUAAUAGUUUUUUUUUAAAUUCUCCUACAAAUAUUUAUGAUUUUUUGAUGUGAAAAUUAACUAUUUUCUAAAUAUCCCCUUCCAAAAGUUUUCAUAACCAGCAAAGUUGGUGAAAAGCUUCCAGGAAAUAAUGUUAUUUUCAUAAAAUAUGGUGCUAAUGAAAGCAUUAAUGGGAUACAUUUAAUUCAGCAGGAGGUGUUUAUGUUGCCUUCUUAUGUGAUGUGCUAAGUCUUAAUUAUAAAUAGUAAAGAUUUCAUUUGUAUAGUAUAUCUUUUCUGUUAAUUCAUUUAAAAGAAAAAAAUGUUUUUCAGUGCUGUCUGGUUGGAUAAAUGAGUGGUGGUCAAAGGUUUAUUUCAUUCUACUCAGGCCAGUAUUGAAAUGGAUCAUACGACAAAUUACAGGCAAAUGUGAGCUCCUGAGGAUCACCUAUGAAGAUGUUGACCAAAUCAGUAAAACUAAAAGGAUUGGUAAUUAUCUUUUUUUUUUUAAUACCUUUCCUUAUAUUUCUUCAAACACUUUUAUUUCAAGAAAUCAUUUUAAGAAAACCAAAUUCAUUACUAGAUAUCCAACCCAUCAUUACACAAGUAUUCUUGUCAUUGAUAUACUUUUGGAGAUUGAGAUUUAAGUUCAAACUGUUUGUUUUUUUCUUGAUAAAUAAAACUAAUGAUUAGAGCCUUUAUAUGAGUUUCUUUACCAGAGGCAAGGUGAGCACAAAUUAUAGCAUUUUUGAAUUAAGAAUCUGGAAAAUUCUAAAUUUUAAAAAUUAUUUCUGUUCCAGAGAGCUCCUUGAAACAUUCCAGCCUCCCUGAAUUGAGACAAUGCGCUACUAAUUCAGAUUAUGAUAUUGGUUUAGCCAUAAGAAAAAUAUGUGUUCUGAAAAACAUUGUGCCUGAAAUUCAUUCACAGUAGGUUGUUUUUUUUAAAAUGCAUAUUUUAAUUUUUGCAAUUACUUUGUCAGUUUUUAAAUGCUAAACUUUAUUUAAAUUUUCAUAUUUGUUAUUAAUAAAAUAACUUAACAUUCUUUUUCAUUUAGUGAUAACAUGAGGUCAACAUUUAGAUCACACUACUAUUAAACUUUUGAAUGUUUUUAUAAAUAGUAUUAUAAUCCCCAAGUAAUUAAAAAAAAAAUAUUUUUAGUUCCUUAUAUUAGUAAUGUGUAAAGUAUCUGAGAAAAAUAUUGAUUUUUGUUUCCCUUGAGAUUAUUUUUAAUUUUUUUAUUUCUGUGUAAUUGUACAAGAAGGGUGACUCCUUUGAAUAUCACAUGGCAAUAAUUUAUUAAAAAUAAUCUCCCUUGAAUUUGAUGUGUAACUUCUGGGGGAAAAAAAUCCAAAACUGAUGAGACAUACAGAAAAAAAUAAUUUAUUUCAGACUAGGGUACAUCUUCAAAAAAUUAUUGCUGUACACGUUAUAACGGUUUGUCAUCAGUAAUAAAUAACCCUAAAAGUUGUGUAAAGAAAGGAUCGUUUUUUUAUAAAAUGUAUUGAGUACGGGUAUUAAUCAGUAUUUCUUCAUUAGUCAAUACCACAAUUUUUAGAAUAGCUCUUUAAAUAAAAAAUAUCCUAUAUCUAUAAUAGUUAUAUUUUUUUUUUGUAUACUAAAUUAGGUUUGAGACAUUAAUAGGGUGCUACCUGAGCCACAUAAGAUCCUAUAACAAAGUCUUAACUGAUGCUGAAGAUUUAAGGAAAACAAAAUACUCAGCAGACGAAGCAUCCCAUGAGAAGAAAUUGACACAGGUCAGCAGAGAAAAUUACACAUUGCAUUUAUCCAUGUCUCAAUUAAUGAUUUUAUAACACCUUAAUCAUUUUAUUUUAGUUCACAUGCAAAUAUCAUUGAGAAAUUGAAAUGCUUUAAAUAUGAAAUCUUUGAAAAACCUCACACAAUUUUAAAUUUUGGUUAAUUUCAAUUUAGUUAAAUUUCAUUAAUUCCUCUGUUAACACUACCAUAAAUUUACUCCUCAACUUGUAUGCAAUUUUUUGCUGUCUAACAGUGUCAACUUUAAAAAUAUAAAAAUAUAUAUUUUUUUCUUAUUUUCCUUAGCUGUGGGAUGCAUACAACAGUGGUGUCCCUCUUCAUGGUCGAAUAGGAUCACAUUGGACAAUGAUGGGUUUUCAAGGUCACGACCCCAGUACUGAUUUUAGAGGCAUGGGUAUGCUCGGAUUAGAACAGCUCUUGUAAGAAUCCUUGGCAUCUAGGAAACCAAAACACAAAACAUUCAUGAUGAUUACAUUUGUGUCUCUUGUUUGAUCACUCUAACUUUUCUGCCAAUUUAUUUAUUUUUGGUUGGUCUAAAGUUAAUCAGACAAGGCUGUGUGGUAGUAUUAACCCUUUCCGUCCCUCAUGACUGGGUGUGGCACACCUGUACACUUAUUAUAAUGGGAAAAGUUGUUUCAGGCGAUUCCUUGCAACUGGGUGGGUUACACCCAUAGUCUUAUAUCACAGUAAAUGGCUCUCUUUAUGUAUGUUAUUUUAUUUUUUACAAUGUGGCAUGAUUUAGUUGCCUUGUAACCAAACUACCUUCACAUAUCACGUAGUUUCUCCCACCGAAGUAUUUGUUUUUUUACAUUAAUGAAAAAUGAUACCUUAAUAGCUGACUGCACCAACAGGGAAGGCCAGAAAGUAAAAAAUGGAAACAAAUGGUAAGGAACUUUUGCGAUCUAAAUGAAAGCUUUUAUUGGCUGCUUACUAAACACUGGCGCUUUUCACCUCAACAGCAUUUCAGUGGAAUUUUUAUUCAGCCCUGUUGAUGGAAAUCCUCUUUUUAGGGCAGCGUUUUCAAUGAAGAGAUUCAGCAAACUUCUGAUUCAUAUUGGCUUUGACAAGGAUACCAGACCAAUAAUUUCUGGCUCGUGACAUCUUUGCUCCUAAAAGAGAUAUAUGAGAAGCAUUCCUGAGUAAUUUGGUAAGGUAUUUUGUUUCCGGAGAGAACAUCACAGAAGGUGAUUGAUUUCAGAGGUCAGUGCAGAUUUAUCCCAUUUAUGCCAAGCAAGCCAGAUUUGCAAAUUGUCUUCGAACUAUCCUCUUAGAGGCUGCCCAUAUCUCAACAAAGAAAAUGCAAGUGCCCUUCCAGCGAAGAGAAAUGUUGGAAUAUCCCCAGAGACUGAUCUCUCUCAUAACGGACUUCCAUGGAAGUGGCCGCAAUUUCAGAUUUGACUAUUAUUUCAUUCCCAUACAACUUGCAGAACCAAUGGCCAAGAACAGCCUCACCCUGGUUGGAACAGUGAAACGGAACAAGAUGUUCCUACCCAAGGGGUUCGAGCAAAAGAAGGCUCUGCCCCUUAACAAAUCAGUGUUUUUGUUCAGAUUAGAAACAACCUUGUCAAAUACCAGAGCUUGAAGCAGAAAAAUGUAUUGCUCCUGAACACAUACACAAUUGUCCAGAUAUAGAAAGUGAAACUGAAUGCAAGAAACCAGAGAUUGUGCUCUAUAUCAACAAAAUAAAAGAAGGCAUAGAAGGUGUUCUCUGAGAAUACAAAGGACUAAAAGUAAAAGAUGGCUUUUGGUUGUUGUUUUUUUUACAUUGUGACAUAGCAUCAAUUGUAGCAAGAGUGGAAUUUAAAUAUAAAUAUCCGACUAACUCACUGUCUCACGAAGAAAACAGACAGUCAAUAUUGACGUUGCAAAUUUCCUCACCCCUCUGUAAGUAGAGACGAAUUGUCCUGACGCACCAAGAUAUUGUGAGGCAGAACAUCGCAGGUGUUUUGAAAUCUUUACAAACACUUCAAACAGCUGCCCAAACCACUUCAGCUCAGCAAGUUUAUUAGACAUAUUUGCAAAGAACAUUCUGUUCUUUUAUGUAAAAAACUAUGCAAGCUGAGCUGCAAAGCCCCUAUUUUCCAUGUGAUCAUGUGUCUGGUCUGCUUUGAAAUGGUUUGUAAAAUGAAUAGAUGUUAUUAUUGUUGGUACCCAAAUCCGUUCAGAAUAUUUAUUUUUUGUCAAAAUUUAAAAUCUAUUUUAUGGAUUACACAGACUCAAAUAAUUAACAAACAAAAACCAAACAAAAAUGUUCUCAAGCCAGGUUAGACAUUUUUUUCUUCUAUUAAAUUAUGCAUGGGUAUUUUACACCCAGUAUGAUGUGUUACACCCAGUUGCUAUGGAUUGUAGAAAAAAAGUUUAGGCCCCAAAAAAUAAGUCACUUUCGCAUGAUUUAUACAAUUGCAUCCAACCAAGGUGUUCAUUCCAACUACCUUGUGGAUUAGGCAGAGUAUGAGAAAGCUUAUUCAAAGGAGACUUGAGAUAUCAGAAAUAAAAAGCCUGUUUAAAGUGUAUUACACCCAGUUGCGCCAGAAAGGGUUAAUGAAAAUUUAAGCUGGUACUUGCUGCAAAAAGUUUCUCAAUUUCAUUACCAAAUUCCACUAGAGAUAUUGAUUGCUUUUGUCAUUCAAGCCUUAUUACCUGAGUAUAGCAGUCUGACGAAAGAAACAUCCUCACUCAUAGGCCAACAUCUCAUCGGACUUAAAAAUAAGUUUUACAAAUGUUUAAACUGCUAGAAGGUUAAUUUUGGCUGCUAGAAGGUUAAUUUUUUUUUUUAAAGAGCAAACAUGUACAAGGUUUCAAGGCAAUUUUGCAAUAUGAUUUUGGCAGUCUACUUAAAAAUACUAAAUGCGCUUUGUGUAUCCCACAAAACCACUUUUGCUAUCUUUUCAUUGAAAUAAUGAUGUUAGGUUUUGGCUUUACGUUUGAUCUUAUUUAAAUUUUGCUUUUGAAAUUGGUAGAUUUUUUUAAGUGUAGUACUCAAACAUUUAGUUUCUCACUACCAUUUAUAUUCCUGCACCUGUCCAUCUCGAGAGGGAUGGUGAUGUGGUUUUGUUGAAAGGGCCAAUCCAAAAGACCUGGGAGGGGUGAUUUGAUAUAGAGUUGAGCUGUUUUCCAGUCAGAUUCCACCUCUCUAUGCAACUGGGAACAUCAAACGGAUGAUACAGGGGCACUGCAGGAGUUCCUUGCAUUGGCAUGGAGUACAAUGUCAUACCCCCAAUGAGACUCCAUGUCCUGAUCUUCUGUCGGGGGGGGGGGGGGUACUUUUGUCGUAGAUGAGCUACCAUUCUAGUUUCCUGAGUCACAGCUACCAGAGGUUCUGCUUUUGUGUCAACACCCUUGAGUCCAAUUUAUUUAUAUAUUUAUUAAUUUAUUAUAUAUAUAGAUUGCAGUCAAGUUUAUGACAUAUAAACAAAUAAUUUUUUGCUCUGUGUGUGUUUAUUUUUUGUUUGUUGAUGCUUUGAUUUUGAAAUAGCUAGAUGUCCUGUUAUUGUUAUUGACACUUUCUUUUAAAAAAUAUUUUAUUUCCUUAUUUAAUUUCAGGUACUUUGCCCAGAGCUAUCCUGAUGAAGCUAGGCAUGUUUUGAGUCAGUCUCAUCACCCUCAAUAUGGGUAAGUUAGUGAUGCACCUUAAUACUGAAUAAUGUUGUUAUCAGUUGUAAAAUAAGCUUUGUCAGGUUAUAUUCAACUGAAGGCCUUCAGGGUUUAAGUUCAACUAGUAAUCAUUUUACAAAAACAAGUGCUACAUUUUUUUAAUGUGCUUUAUUUUAUUAUCAAAUAAAUUUCACAAAGUGUUUGUUGAAAAUAAAAUAUAUUAAAUAAGGUAAAAAUAAGGCAAUUUUUGUUUAUAGUUUAACAAUAAAUCAGUAAUAUUUUAUCCGAAAUUUAUCCAAGCUUUGCUAGAUACACAUUUACUUUAAAAAUACCAUUAGGGAGCUGAAUUACUUGUUCUCUCCGUCUGUACAAAUGUGAUUUUAUGAAAUUAAUAUUUCACUAAAUGCUUUGCCUUGAUUUUAUUUAUUUGAAAACAAAUUUUUUUAAAUUUCUUAAUCUCAUUUAAUAGCUUUUCCUUUGCCAUUGUGGGUAUAAACAUAACAGAGAUGGGCUACAGUUUACUGGCCAAGAGGAAGCUUCGCUCUCAUUUUUAUGGUCUGUCAAACGGAGAACAUACUUUGGAUGAUUUUCAUCAGGUUUAUUGUAAGCAACACUACCAUAGCUCUUGGUUACAGAUUCUAUGAAAUUUUAAAUCUCAGCUUUUAACAAGCCUCCACCAAACCUUGGAAAUCGACCCACUUUUAUAAUUUGUUGUCUAAAUAUAAUUAUUGCUUAUUUUACUCCUGUUCCAAAAUCAAAUAUAAAGAAUAACAUUUUAUAAUAUUUAAAAAUAUUUUUGUUAAUGCAUGCAUUUUUUUUUCACUUUUGAUCAGCUAUUAAAGUGUUAUGAUAAAUUAUGUUUAGAAUAGAAGAUAAAUUUUCUCUAGUGAAUGAAAGAAGUAAAUUAAAAGUUCAGGCCCAACUCUUUGGGUUUUUGAUAGGGGAAAAUCGGAUUGAUAUUAGAGUAAAGAGGCUAGAAUUUUCAAACCCUCAUAAGCUUAAAAUUAUGCAUGUCAGCAUGGCUGUGCAAAGUUUUCAAGAAGUUUACAACCCAUUUCUCUAAUUUUUUAAGCCAGUGUUGAAUAUUUAUUAAAUCACAUAGUAAACAAUAAUUUUUACCCUCCCAUCAUUUGUUUUACCAGAUGGGUUUACAAAAUUUCAGGAUUGUUUUUGAAAUAUAAAAAAUCUGUAUACAAAAAAAUUGUAAUAACAGGUAUUAUUUAAUAGAUCCUUUCCACAAAUAAUUUUCUUUUUUAUCUUUAUCAGUUUUUUUUAUGUAUUGUGGAGUGAUAAUUUUAUUUUUAAGAUUCAAUAGAUCUAUAAUUUUAUUAUUAACAUUUUUUUUGAUCUGUUAACUUACAGUAUAACUAGAUCAAUAAUUUAUACAUAUUUAUUUCUUUUCAGGUCACUUACUGUAUGAAUUUGUGCAAUUCUGGUUUGCUGAAAAGCCCAGGGAUAUCAUGGAAUUUAGCAAUGUCAGGGAAAAGUUCCAUCAAAUUAUACAAGACAGGCUAAAGAAGCCUAAUGCUCACUUGCUUUCAUCUUUUCAAGAGAAAAGUUUAUGAUUUUUUUUUAAAAACUGUUGUUUCUUCAUUUCAUUGUUUUAAUGAAUUGACUCAGGUUAUUUACUGAAAGAUGUGAUUAAAAAUGGUAUUUGGUCUGCUGUGCAUAAUUGUUCAAAUAAAGCCAUUUGGAGUGGGACAUCAAUUGAACAAAGAUAGAAAAACAAAGUGAUUAUUUUGUACAUAAAAUAAAUUGAUAUGUUUGUUAAGCAUUUAGUGGUCUUUGUUUUUAUGAAGGAAAUUGUUGAAAAAAUAAACAAGGCAAUACUUAAUUGACUAUACAAAUUGUUUGUUGACAAAUUAAUAUAUUGAGCCAUGGAAAGCUCAUAAUGAAAUAGGGAAAUCACUCAAGUAAUCAGACCACUUUACACUGAAGUGCAAGAAUAUCUUUAAAUAAAAUCUUUAAUAUCACAGAUUCAUUUUAUUAUUUAUCAACUUCAUUCAAGAUUUAAGUACAAGAAAGUUGCACAUGAAAAAAAAAAGAGCUCUU